AUGGAACGCCAGGACGCUUUCGUGGACGCCGCAGUGCUGGACUUCGUGGCCGAUUUCUCCUUGGUGUCCCCUGCAGGACCUCUUUUCUAUGACCUUACCCCCGCGAGCUCUCUGGGGGAGCGGACCCUGGCACUCGGAGAGGGCAUGGCCCGGGGCUUGCAGCCCUUCGAGGGAGAGGACGAGGGGGAAGAGGAAGACGAAGAAGAUGAAGAGGAGGAGGGUGAGGGAGACGGUGAGGGAGAUGGAUGCGAGGAAGCAGAGCCCCUAGGGGGUGCCUCGCUGCUUCUGGGCCGCCCCAAGAGGAAAAGGGUGAUAACCUUGGCCCAGCGACAGGCGGCCAACAUCCGCGAGAGGAAGAGGAUGCUCAGCCUCAACGAAGCCUUUGACCAGCUGAGGAAGAAGGUGCCCACCUUCGCCUACGAGAAGCGCCUGUCGAGGAUCGAGACCUUGCGCCUGGCCAUCGUGUACAUCUCCUUCAUGACGGAGCUGCUGGCCAGCUACGAGACGCAGGAGGCGAAUCAGCGAGCCCGGCCUCAGUGA